GUACGUUCCUAGAUUGCGUGCGUGUGUAGUUUAAAAGUAGCAGAAUAUCCAAAUUUCGGUCUCCACCAUUCUAAAACUUAUCCCGUUAUUCUGCGUGCGUUUGCCCGUAUGUGCAAGAGUAUAAUACAAUUUUUUAAUUUGGUUAGCUGUACGCUUUCGUUCGCGCUUUCUUCUGUUGCGGCCACUAUCGCCUAGAACUUUUAAUUGUUAAGAAACUGCACCUUCCGAACCGUGUAGUCAACAAGCCAGCCAGCCAGCCACAAGGGUCGGCGCCGCACAGCUUUUUGUUUAGCGUUGUUGGUGUGAGUGGUUCAGAAAGCAGUAGAGUGAAAAUGUGUGAUUUUAAAUUAGAAUUUUGAAGCAAGUUUCAACGGGUGAUUUUUUUACUUGUGUACAAAGAAAUUUACUACUAAGAAAGCAAAAGAAGAAAGUGUAAUAAUUAUCGGAUUAGGUGUGCGGAAGAGGAAAUAAAUUUUGGCUGCGGCCUUACGAAGUAAAGAGCAACGAUCAAAAUUGACCUGCCGUGUUUAAUUUGGGGGUUGUGCAAGGAAAUCGAUUCUUUUCUGGUCGCUAUCGCAAAGUCGACUGCUGACUGCUUUUCGGUGCAAGCUGUUUCACGGCGAGAACAAAGUAUAGCAGCUGCAUACCGGCUAGGCUAGGGAAGAGGGUGUACCUCCGGUGAAAUCAGCAGCGAGACAGUCGAAUUCGAGCGAGGGUGUGACCCCAAGUGUAAACGGAAAAGGAAGAAAGAAAAAAGUAGCUUGUGAUCCCAGAUGAGUGUAAUAUGGCCGUCGUUUGUCUGAAAACUGCAAAUAACAAUCAGCCGUACUCGACUUCGCCGUCCGGUUCGAUACUGUCCGGUUCGGUCGGUACCGGAAGUGUGGCCAUGCACGGUGGCGGUGGCGCCGGUGGACACAUGCAAAGUCAGCUGACCCGGUCGCUCGAGCGCAUCCUGGAGGAUGCCAACAUGAGCGGCGAGCUGAAGCUGAGCGGACGGAAGCUGAAGGACUUCCCGAAAGCAGCCGGGAAGUACAACCUCAGCGAUACGGUCAUUGCAGAUUUGUCCCGCAAUCGGUUUUGUGAGCUACCGGAAGACAUUACAUCGUUGGCCUUCCUCGAGCGGUUGCUUGUUUUUCACAAUACGAUACGCUCGAUACCUGAUACAAUCCGGGGGCUGCACUCACUCACAUAUUUAGAUUUAAGGAACAAUCAACUGUCGGUACUGCCACGCGAAAUUUGCUUCCUGCCGCUGCAGGUGUUGCUCGUGUCCAACAACCGCCUGGUUACGCUUCCGGAUGAGCUCGGUCGGAUGGAGGAGCUGACCGAGCUCGAUGCCGCCUGCAAUCAAAUCACACAUCUUCCUCCCCGGAUGGGCGACCUGCGAAAUUUGCGCUCGCUCACCCUUCGCAACAAUCAGCUCGUCUACUUGCCCCGGGAUCUCACCUGUCUGCAGCUGGUGUUUCUGGAUAUCAGUAGCAACAAGAUAGCCACCCUGCCGGUGGAACUUCGACUGAUGAGCUCGCUGGUCGACUUGGAACUGUCGAAUAACCCGCUUACCUCACCGCCAGCUAGCCUCUGCGUCCGGGGUUUGGUACACGUGUUUAAAUAUUUGGAAACCGCAGCAGCCAAAGAGGAGAAAUCCAAAAGUGGCCUGGAUGGCCACGCAACUCUGCGGCGGUCGGCACUGUCGUCGAAGAAUUCCGGAGGGAGCCUACUGGACGGGACUAGGAAUCGCCGUGCGCACGUUGAUUCCGGCUACAGUACCAGUGACGGUGGAUUCGAUGGUAAGCGUUGGUCUCAGGACGAUCCGCACGACUUCGGCACUAGUGGCACCUAUUCACCGAAAUGGUCGCCCAUUCCAUUGCACACUGGUUUCGCGGGAAAACCGCCACCAGCGUUUGUACCAGCACCACCAGCUUCGGCACUAUCGGCUACGGUUUCCUCUAAUCUGUUGUCCUCUGCAGGUGGAAUUGGUCUUUCAGGUUUGCUUAGCGCUGACAGCGGAGGAGGUUCGGCUGGCAAUGGAACGUUGGAAGAAGAGUUCAAAAAGGGUGUCAUGCUGCUGGAUCAGCAGGACCGCAAAAAGGCAAAUAAUAGCAAUAGCAAUGACAUGUCUCCGGAAGGUGAUUUGAUUCCAGAGGGAAUGAAAACAGACGAUAAAAUGCGAUCGUUGGGAAAUAUUCAAACAUACAGGGAAUACAAGGAAGCUCUUCGUCAGCAGCGCAACCAAGUCGACAUUUACAGACCGAAGGACCAUCAGGCGCAAACACCCGACAGUGGAGGUUCCACGACGGAUUCACCGCUUAGCAAUUUCUCCCCUUACAGCAAAUCUCGAGCCACAACCCCGUCUCCAUCGGUUUACAGUAGUAGCAACCAAAGUUCUCCUCUAUCUCCGCACCAUACCAACAUCCACAAGCUAAACCAAAUUAAUGCCAACAGUGGGCACAACAAUGGUUUCACUUCGGCCAACAAUUCUAGUCCUCUUCUCUCACCAAACCGAAAUAUUGUUGCACCUUUCGAAGAAAUGACCCUCAACGGAGGUACGAACAACAACAACAACAGUACGUCGACCCCAAAUAAACGACCCGUGCAGAAGGUAAUUCCUUCGCGUAACAUAGCUUCCACAUAUCAGUCCAGUCAGUCGCCUACGCAUCUCAACGGAAACAACAACCUCUCGACGGGAGGCUCGUCGAUGACCAAUGGCAAGAUUCCGAUUCCGAACGGUACACCCAUUAAAACAACCGUCUCCAACAGUAGCUGCACGGAUUACGCUUACGUGAAACCCAACAGCCCGUGCAAGGCAUCCAGUGGUAUCCUUUCGCAUAACAAUGUUCCUUCGUCGAUUCCGAAACCGACGACCAACGGUGCGAGUUCACCGAAUGGCAACCAGAAACCACUCACUGCCACCGUGGGCUACGUAAACAACGUUAAGCCAGGACAGAAAACCAAUAAAACUGUUUCCUGGAAUCGGGACGUCCCAACGGAUAAACUGAGUUUCACCAUGCGUCGCGAAUUCGACAAGCAAAAGGAGGAAACAGAACUGAUCGAACAGCUUCGACAGAUUAUCGAAACACGACUCAAGAUGUCGUUACCAGAAGACAUUGCACCCGCGCUAACCGAUGGUGUGGUGUUGUGUCAUCUGGCAAACCACGUGCGACCGCGGUCGGUUGGUAGCAUUCACGUGCCGUCCCCGGCGGUGCCCAAACUGACGAUGGCCCGAUGUCGACGCAAUGUGGAUAACUUCCUGGAUGCUUGUCGGAAGAUUGGAGUAGAUGAGGAGUUGAUAUGCUCCUGUCAGGACAUCGUACCACCGUGUCUGCCACCGACUGCGAUGACUGCGUCGGAUCAGCAGGAACAGCAACCACCGUCGUCCGGUGAGCAAUCCGAAUCGAAACCGGGAGCAGCGGAUCCCGUGCGUCCAACGAAUCCAACGGCAAUGUAUCGUACCAUUGUAGCCUUGCUGAGAAGGGCCGAUCUAAUGACCAGCAAUGGACCGUCGCCAUCCCAUCAUAGUUUAUGCCGGCCGACAUCUCCUCCUCCACCGCCUCCCACCGGUAGCAACAUUACCAAAAUCAUAACCACACUCACUGCAGCCAACACCAAUAAAACAACAGUAGAAGACUGCGAAGGGAACUGCCAGCCCCAGUUGGCAGGCUGCGAAGAGCCAAACGGUAACUAUCAGGCUUCCCCGCAUUUCCCGCACGGCUUAACAAGUGCCACACCGGCUACUAGCACUCCCAUCACUAACAAUGAACACUCUAACAGACAGAAUAUACGUAACACUUCCGGUUCGAUGCGUGCUAAAACGCUGCUUGAGUAUCACUUUGAUGAGCAGGAGGAACUAAAGCGUGAAGACGUGAUUAGGGUGCAGGCCAGACUGAGGGCUGCAGGUAAUUCGUGUGGCGAGAAUGAAUACGGGGCUUCGAAGGAAGGGGGAGAAGGAGGAACGAACGGACGUAAUGUUCCCGCUACGCUGGAUCUUGGUUCAUCCGCUGGUGCGGGCGGUCGAAGGAAGCGUAAAUUUCCUAGUACUCGAUUUAGUGGCAAACGGCAGCAGCAGGAACAGCAGCAGCUGGGUUCGGGAUUAAACGAAAUUGUGGAAGAAUGUGAGUACGACAGCGACAUCGGCAAGUUCCGCUGUCGGCAGGGAGCUGAUGAUUAUGAAGAUUCGGAAACGAGCUUGAACUCACUAGACGAGGAAGCAGCAUUUACGCCGACGAAUGCCAACCAAGGUGGAGGGAUUAACGACUUGAACACUCCCACCGGAUCAGAGCAGCCGAAGACGGUGGCGGCGGCGGCGGCGGCGCUGCCAGAUUUCAACAUCAACUCGGCCGAGGAGGACGAUCCGGCUGCGGCCGGUCGGAAGAUUGUCAGCAAGAGGAUCGAGUUUUUCGAGCACACUGCCGCCGUCGGCGGGGAGAAAAUCGUCAACAGUUCGCCGCUAAGACGCAGUGUCAGCUCGGAGGACAACAACGAACGGUCCGAGUGCGGGAAUAAUGCGGGUUGGAGCAGGAAGUCGGAUCAUCCAACGAUUUCGACCGUUCUUUGUCUCGGCACGUUCCUGUUUACGAUCGUUUACCUGUUUUUGUAUCCACUGCCCAACUACUAGGGCGAUGUUCUGGUGGGCAAAAAUCAGGUUUUUUUGUUGGUUUAAUUUUAAUUGAAUAACUAUAUUCAUAUUUCUGUUGUAUCUUGAUUGAAAACGGGAGAUUUCAAAUUUUUACCAUUUCAUUGAUAGUAUAAAAUUAUUCUUUAUUUUUUUCAAGAAGUUUUCUAAAACAGUGCAGAUGAAUUGAUUUACUUUAAACUCACAUUCGACUCGAUAGUAAGAGCAGUGUUUAUAAGCUGGUUGAGAAUUAUGCUAGGAGAGGAAGAGCGAUUUUUCAUUCCUUUCAUUGUUAGCGGAAAAGAAUUGUUAAAAUCGUAGGUACGGUAAUUGGUAAGUAACCAAGAAAUUAGAUUUUAUAGAUUGGCAUACCGCUUCGGAGUGAAAUAUUUCUUUUCCGUUAAAUUAUUGAUUUACUAUGCAUUCAUGAUCAGUUUUAAAUUCAUAACCUUUAGAUGAUCUGUUUCAAUGUUAAAAAUAAAGAGAUGAGAGAUGAUGAAACUCUAUAAUAAAAACGUAUUUUUAGGCAAAGUUUUCUUAGAAACAAACAAAAAGCAAAAAAAGUUUCAUAAAGUAUUAAAAUAACGAUAUUCCAGAUGAACAGUUUUUCAUCAGUUACUCUCAAUCAUUAAAACUCAUACAGAAGCACGAAAAGUAAAUCAUUUCGAGCUCAUUUCCAGAGGCUUUAUUUAUUUAUUUUCAAUCAUAGAUUUUACUUUUAGAGUUAAGUGCGAUUUUUGAGCGUCAUUCUAUGCUUUUGUUAAGGCUAUUUUGUUUAAGAAUGUGUUUUUCAUAUCACCACUUUUGAAUAACCUUCAUAAGAUUUUAUUUUUCGCAUUACACAUAGAUUAGACAAGUAAAUGAAACGAACACGAAGCUGAAAGUCCAAAACAAUCACUGAUUACAUACGAACGAAUAUACCAAAACCUAAACUAAGCUACGAAACAAGCCACAAAUGCAUGCACAUCUUAUCAUUAUACACUCUCACUAGUAGUAGAAAGAAAGAAAGAAAGAAAAAAAGUACUAAGAAUCACACAGAUUGUCUUAAACCAAGUUGAACAAUGCAGUUGCCUUAUUUUCGUAAACUGCCUUCUUGAAUCGUGAAACGAAACGAGAUGCAGUUUUGUAGUGAAUACCAAAAUAGAGAACAACACGAAGAGAAAAAAUCAUGCAAAGUUGUAAACAAACACAUUAAAUGCAAAGAAAAAAACACAUGUUUCACACAGAUAAGUAUAUUGUUGAUUCAUGUUAGCGCGUAGUCAGUGCACUGUGCACUGCAAAACAAAUUAACAAAAAAAACCAUGACAGAAAAAGUAACGACACGACACAUGCAUAGAACUCUAUUUUAUUAUAUUUUACCAAGUUGAAACAAGUAACAAUAACUACAGGAUCUAUCUGUAACUCGCGAGCUCUCCAUGCUAUCACUAAAUAUAACCCACACCUUAAUCUCUCUUAAUCGAUGUGUCACACACUAGUUUUCUAGAAGCUUUUACUGUAGUUUAUAUUAGAAAUAGGAAAAGUAGAGGGACGCAUAUGGUUCGUAAAACUGUCAUUAUCUAUUGUGUCUCACUCAAUGGAAUCUCUACCUAUUCGAGGUCUAGUCAAUCGAAAGGAAACGUACUUAUUUUUUUGUCUUUUAAUGUCAUCUUUUUUUUUAAUUUUAUAUUAUUUUAUUCCGCUGUGUUGAUGAUUUUAUUCCAUACUUUAGUUAUAGAGAGAGUAAACAUUGAUUUCCAGUUAUCGAGUUUGUACAACCAAAAGUUUUGAAUCAAAGCAACUAGUUUUUAAUGGAUUUACUUUUACUGUAAACAAGUUUUUAUGUGUUUGUACUUAGUUCCAUGUGUAUAUUGUUCGUGUUCAACUUUUUUUUGUAUUCAAAAAUCUGAUUAACAAGCAAAACAAGAGAUCUCUAAAAACUAUUUUAUUGGACUAACUUUACACAUGAUAAGAGUGAAAUUGCAUGAAAAUCUUUGGCAUGUUCAAAACGUCAUAUAGAUAUUUAAAAACACAGUUCAUUCCACUGUAUUAUCGUCAAAAAAUCAUUUAACACACAUACAUUCGUUCCAAAAUUAUAAUUAAACGACAUACAUACUUUAUACACACAUGCAUAAGCUUGGUAUAACACUGUAUUCCUUUAUAGUUUAAGCUACAAAGUAUUUAUUAUAUCAACAAACAAAAAAGUAUAUUUAUUCGCUUACCUAUAAUCGACUGCGUCCAAACACUUUCCGUUUCAUAUAGGUAUCGAUAUAAUUAUAUGAAUUAUAUGUAUACAUACACAUAAACACGCAAUAAGCUAGUGACUUUUCUGUAGAUUAGGAUUUUUUCAGAAGAAAAAAAAAUAAACGAGAGAAGAAAAGAUUUGUUGGGCUGCUCCUGGCUGCUCUAACCAGCCCGGGGCAGCAUUGUAGGUACCGAUAUGAAAUGAUGCGCGCCACACACCAAUUAUAAGUGGAUGGAUUAUUUAGGAUUUAGGUAUUCUGGUAGUAUCAGCAGCAGCUGUUGUAGCGAGCUUGAUGGCCUUGCCUUCUUUUAGCAACUACUACUAAUCAUUUUAAGCGGACUGAGCAAACUGAACGAAAAAAAAGAAGAAAGCAAUUGUAUCGUAGAAUAGUUGAGUUUUUUUUAUGUGUAAGGCAUUUUAUACCAAUUGCCGCGUUGUAAUACAGGUUCCAGCAGCUUAGGUAGGAGUUUAAAUUCGAAGAAUUAGUGAAAAAAAUGGAAAGUGCUUUUAUUGGAUUUGUAAACAUAAAAAUUUUAGGCUGAAACUAUUGUUCCCUAGUUGCUAACGCUAAACUUAUUGUUUAGUUCUGGAACCACGAGAAAAAUGUGAUUUCAAGUUAUUUCUAAUUUAUUUUUCUGGCUUUUGAUUUCGAUUUUGAAGAGGUGUUUCGAGUAGGAAGUAUUGUUGAAACAAGCGUUGGCAAUUAAUUGGGGAACCAUAUACGACUUUUUGGGAGCUCUUUGUCGAUAUGAGAAUGUUGGAUUUCAUAUAUUCCGUAUAUUAUCAAAACGUUCGUGGUCUUAGGUUAGGACUAUAAUUAAUUCAUGCUUACUUCAUGCCUUUUCUGGCAAGUUAUUGUACAACGUUCACUUGACGCCGGUUUAUAGUAUACUUGAAUAGUUUCAACGGCUCUUUUUUGAAUCCCUAUUUCUAUAAAGCAAAUCUAUCACGUUAGUGAUCAUAACCGGAAUUAAUUAUCGAAACCUGUACAAGCAGUACAUCUUUCGGGUGCAUGGCGGAUCUUGGACGUAAUCCAAGAUUAUCGUGUCGUUCGUGAAUGUUAAGCGAAAAGAAGUAGGCUUGCCGCGGUAAACAUGUUUCUCGGUGAUCCACCAUGGCAGCUUUCAGCGCGUACCGCGUAAGUUAUAUUAUGCUUCUACUUCGAACGUGCCAAAGUUGAUGCGGCUCUAAGUAUGGUUGCUUAGGAAUGUUAUCGACUCCAAUUGACCCUUAAAUGACGAAUGGUCACGUUGAAACUGCUAUCACUUAACUACAAUUUUUCUUCAAAGCUGAACAAGUCCGCUGCACAAUAUUCCUUAUGGAUAGCUAUACCUACAAAUUUUACGAUAUAAGAUGCACGAUGAGACCAUCAUAGUGCCGUCGUGCCGAAGCUUCUAUCUUGAGUGGUUCGAAGCUCUCCUCUUGUCUUGAGUCCAGUGCUUACUUAAAACAUCAGUAUUUACAAUUUGAUUUCCUGGUGAAUGACCUCGGGGUUAAAACCACGCCAAUAAAAAAACAAAAUUUGAUCUCCAUGUCCUACUUAACUUAAAGCCUACACACUGACCUAAAUCAGUCGUUGUAUGUUUGAAUCUCUGUUGGGUUGUAUGUUCGAAUCAAUAGGAUCGUACGACGAAGCAUCAAUCCUUUGCCGAAUCCAGCAGUUGAUUGCACUUUGACCAUCGGCUGCUGAAAGCUCCUACGAGCGCAGAAUCUGCCUUGAAGCCUUCAGCAUCUUUCAACUUCCCAGCUUAGUAUUGUUUCCACUGGUCCUUAGUUCGGUAUUCACGUUACGUGGUCAGCCGAUUAUAGUUUGUUUAGCGCGGCCUCGUUUGACAAUUGUCGUCUUUAUACACAUGGUACAACUUGUGGUUAAAACGUAUGCCGCACACUCCAUCCUCAAGUUUACCGCCAAGAAUUGAUCGCAGGAUCUUACGCUCAAAGACACCACGGAAUACGCUUCAUGACCGUAGAGUGUCAUCGGGAGAAUCCGCGUUUUUUAAAUUGCGAGUUUUGCGUGAACUCGCAAGCUCCUGGACUUCAGCUGGCUACGCUAUACAUCAAAUAACACCUUCAGAUGCUAUGUUGAACCGUAGAUUGGACCGUCUACCACCUUGCUUCUAAUAUAAUAAUUUCAUAAAUGAGUCCAAUAUCUCACCCACUAUCCCGACACUUGAGGUGGAACCAUCAAGAAUGGCACGUGUCAGCCAUAAUUCACCGUAACUACUUUCGCUUUACUGAUUCGUACGAUGUCUUGAAGUCUAUAAAGAAACGGUUCCCUUCUAUGUUGAAUUUUUGAAAUUUGUCGUGGACCUAUCGCAACGAAAAGGAACGUCGCCAGAGAGAAUUUUUAGUAUCGAGUUGAUAAUCUCGAUAAUUGAUACAAUCGAGUCCACCUGCUUUCCACCAGCUUUGCCAUUUGGCAGCUCUUUUCCUGCUACAUUUCUUCAUCUCGUCUAAAGACCAGUCUAUCAAUCUCUAACAGCCCUUGCACUCUGCUCCUUUUUUUGAAUCCAAUCCGUGCUUCCGUCUCAGUUGAAACAACCCCUACUGUAGGUGAGUUUCUUUGAUAAGAAGAUGGUUAUUGGAUGUGAUAUCGAUGCUACAGUCGUAGGCAAAAAUACAUAACACUCACUGUCUCAUUCUUGGCACGUUGUAACAGUUAUCUCAAAUUAAGUACUGGUUGGAAAUGUCUCCGUGUUCGAUACAGUGUCACUUUAUAACGCAAGGAAUAAAAAUAAAAUACUAGGCUGUCCGAGCGGUAGGCCUGUUGUAAGUUAAUAAUUGGAAAUGUCGAUCAUAGGUGGUGCCAUCGUUUAGGUCAAAUGUACGUGACUCGUGGUUUGAGUCUGGCUUCUCAACAUGUCAUCUCAACAUUAUAUAAGGAGGUAUAACGGAACUUAACCUAGGAGUCCCCACAAACGUUAGUAGCGUCUCAGCUUCCGAUCUCGAGACGAUUCAAAGAAAAAUCGGUGAACUAUAGAUUAUUAGAGCUACUGGAAAAGACCAAGUCCGAGCAAAACUCUACAAACAUGGCAAGGAACCAGUGGUAACGGAAUUUGAAGUUUCCGCGACGUUACGCUUGUUACGUCAUCUAUCUGCAAUAGCAAGAGUUGAUUAGUUGACAUAUUUGAAAUCUUUGAUCUCCACCGAAAAAUACGAGUAAGAGAUUCAACAAUACAUUUAGGCUGAAAAUCUUUGCCUUCCACAAGACAUUUGGAUCAAUGAGCAUGUGCCACCGUACGAAGUUGACGAUUUACAAAACGCUUAUUAGACCGCUUCUACUGUGUUACCUGACUCAUAACGAACGCCUAUUUCCGAAAUUCUAAAAUCUCUCAUGACUUACUUUUUGAAGUAAACAUGUAAUUUCUUAUGUUAUAUAGUUGAUAUUUGUAUACUCUACUCGAAUUUAUGAUCAAUUAAACGAAAAACCACAAAGUUUGUGAGUUACGAGACCCUCUCGCGUAUAUAACGUAUAUUCUUUUUUUUAUUCUAUAUUAGAGAGGUUUUCAGCCUGCGGCUGGUUCGCCUCUAUAACGUAUAUUUGUUAUGAGUCAGGUAACACAGUAGUCCUUUCUAAACUUGAAGCUGUAACCACAGUCAACCAACCACAAUAACCAAAUCCACAACAAUUAUCGUCACAUACAUUUUGCUUGAAUACUAGCACCAUCUAUGAUCGACACUCCCAAAUAUCAAAUAACAACAGGAGCAUUCCUUGAACAAGCAAGUAUGGGACAAGCAAGUAUGGGACAAGCGAAAAAUGGGACAGUGAGUGUAACGUCUGCUAGUCUGUGUUGUAGUUUUGCUCAAGGAGGACUUGCAGCGCAUUUCCCAAAUUCGAACGAAAGGUGUUGCGGACCAUUUUUGGCGCAUUGCAAACGGAAAGCGGAGAGUGAACCACCCCUUGAGGUACCGCGAAAGGCUGUGAGACAAAAUCUGUUUUCUUCGAGAACCUCAUCGGUGCAAUGGAUGGUCCACAUGGUAGACGGCUCGAUCAAAUUGAAGCUGCCUUGCGAUUGUCGAGAUGCUCAAGAAAUUGAUGACGAGUAAUCUAAGAUCGAGGGGAAUAAACAUGAGGUUCUGAUACGGCGCGAGUCAUUUCGGUGUUAACCGGAUAAUGAUAAAGUUGAAUUUAGAAACAUCCCAUUGGCCUGCAGGUUGAGUAGGAAACCAACUGAUCAAUUUUUCUGAAAACAGAAGCUUUCGAUAUUGCCAGAAUAUAUCGAGAUAAAGUUAGCGUUGCACAUGUGUUGUAUAAAAUGCAACAGCGCGAGUAACUGGUGGUUGAGGUAUUCAUUGACCGACGUAUCCAUUUCAGAUUGUCAUUGCGCUUUGGAAGUUACGAGAAAACCUCUAUCCCUGAGCGACGGCAUUCUGGCAUUCAUCGUAACCUCACUAAAUGCCGUACAACAGGUGAAUAGCCCCAUUUUCGUGGCAGCGUUUUUGGCUCCUCGGCUAGGGAUUCAGUUCAGACUCAAAAUUGUUUAUAACUCUGCUCCGCUCUCAAUGCCGACUUUUGCCUCUUUUCACCAGCCAAUUCUCCUCUAGGUUCUGGUAUUGCCGGCAACUUUAAUUCCGGCCGGCUGCUUUGAAACACGCAAUUGUAACGACAUCUAACUUAUCUUCCCAUCGUCGGACACAUGCGGAGCGCAAGGCGUAUCUUAGCGAUGGCCAGAGAGUCGAAUGAAAUAUCGACACUGAAUUUGUUGCUUUAAGAAAGUUUCUACUUUGCCACUGUCGGCUAAUUUAGAAGUUUGUUGUUGUAUGGACAUUAUCACGGAUACGGAUAAUAUAUACGGAUGAUUUUUGGCAGAGCACAAACGGAAAGCGGAGAGUGGCCCAGUGGCAGGAAUCACAAGGCGCAGGCAUUCUUUAGAAAGUUUACCAUCGUUUGCAUUGGUGAAAGUCAGCAGGUUAAGGUGGGCCAGCCACGUCGCACUGAUGUCGAAUCAAGAAUAGAACGCUCAGCAAAUUGGCGACAAUUCUUGACUAUAGUAGAAAAGAAAGAAAGAAAGUAGAGCAGGAGUUGUCUUGUGCUCGCUUGGCGAACCUUCCCUACUAGCACAGUUGUUACAAAGUUGUUGUGGUAACCGAAAUAUGACUAAUUUCAGUCGUAAUCCGGUUGCUUCAACUAAAUAAACCUAAAGUGUGCUACUUGGGUUGCUAAGCUCCAGAAUUUCAAGCUACAGCUUCUCCUGAAAAUUGACUGAAUUUGCCCUGUUGUGCGAGAGUUGUUAUAUUUCAGGUGGUCCCCAGUAAUUUAUUUUCCGUAAGCUGAUUUUCAUGUAAAAUGUUGCGUUUCAUUUAGUUUAAUUCUAGUGGAUGAAGUUUUUCCUCUUAAAUAGGUGUGCCUCAGGGGAGUAAUUUGGGAUCUCUGCUCCUCAAUUAAAAAGCAUGUGUUGUAUGCCUACGAAUUUGCAGAACAGUUUGCUGUCGAUAAAUUGGCGUAAAUCGAGGCGUGCUUUGGGUUCUAGUUUCUUACGAUCAUCAGUUUAAGCUUCUGCUCGAUGGGUUCAGGGCUUGACUAGUGGAGUGUCUGUUUUAGCCGCUUUGGCCAAAUGAACGGAAUCCUAAUUUUCUAACUGUGAAGAAUAAAUCUGAACGUCUCUGGAUUCCGGUGAAAUCAAAUCGAUCUUUUUUGCCAUAAGAAAGCAAGUCAGUUGUCGUGAACAAACACCAUACCAUUGGAUUCUUUAUAAAAAGUUCUUUCUUUUUGUAUUAACCCUCCGUUACUCGCGCUGUGGUAUUUUGUACAACUCAAUAUAUCUCGGGAUACCAGCAAUAAAGAAAAUUCGGCCCUUAUGUCCAAGUAGCGCUGGCGGUUGUUCAAAGUAAAAUAAAUAGAAUAAAGAAAAUUACUGUUUUCAACAAAGUUGAUCCGCAGACCAAGAUUUUUCAAACGGUGGAAAAAGUUUCAUAAGCAUUUUACCGAGUGGCAUUAGUAUUCGAGUGAGUUCUGUUAGGCUUUAACAUGCCUCUAAAUCGAAGCUGGCGCGAGUAACGAAAGGUUAAAAGAUUGAACUUGGCCUACGACAUUUGGAGAUAUUGAUAGAAAAAAAACACAAAAAGAUCAAUAUUAAUAACUAGCGGAACAACACCGGACCUACGUUGCUCCCUUAUGGUACUCCAUUGGUUGUGCAAAAAGCGUUAGAAUAAAACAAUCUUUACGGUCAAGUUUUCGGUUGAAUAAUUUUAUUACCGUGUGAGAGGAAUCGUCUUAAACCUUAAGUUGCACGGAAAAGCUCUCAAAAACAUUUAAGUUAUACCUACUUUAGAAACAUCCGAAACACUUCUUCAUUAUCAUAAAUUAUCGUGAUUUUAAAUAAUCAAAACUGUACCAAAUUCGCCAGCAUUAUACCAUCUACAUACAAUUGUUUCAAAGCAGCUUUAUUCAUACAUAUUGUGACGUUGUGCAUGCAGCAGGUUUUUAAAUUUAAGUUAUCAUAUGCAACUUUCUCGGAACUAAUUCAAUAUCGUAUUAAGGUAUAAUCUCAAAAAGAAGAAAAACUACCAUAAUUAUUUCGGCAAAUUACGAAAAAUAGACUAUACUAUUACAGUUACAGGCAUCAUCCAGCAUUAUUUGAUGUGCUUAAAUUAAAUAAAACUAAACCCUU